UCAUUCCAAUAUGGUGGCCUGCAUGGAAGCAAUGCAGUGUUAAUAAUCCUGUUAACUUUUAGGUUUGUAGGGAAUAAUAAUUCGACUAAAAUCAGCUUUUUUUUUCCACUCCUUGGACCUCCUGGCGGAAAUGAAGACCUUCUGUGGCAGAGCGAACCCGACCACCGGAGCUUUGGACUGGGUGGAGGAGAGCGAGGAGUACGACUACCACCAGGAGAUAGCCAGGUCUUGUUAUGCCGACAUGCUGCAUGACCACGACAGGAACGAGAAGUACUACCAGGGCAUCCGGGCCGCUGUGUCCAGAAUAAAGGCUCGAGGCGAGCGAGUCGUCGUCCUGGACAUCGGGACUGGAACCGGCCUCCUGUCCAUGAUGGCCGUCACCGCCGGAGCCGACUUCUGUUACGCCGUGGAGGUCUUUAAGCCCAUGGCAGAAGCGGCUCAGUGCAUCGUGAAGAAGAACGACUUCUCUGACAAGAUCAAGAUUAUCAACAAACACUCGUCAGAUGUGACGGUGGGACCAGAUGGGGACAUGCAGGAGAAGGCCAACCUGCUGAUCACAGAGCUGUUUGACACCGAGCUCAUCGGGGAGGGAGCUCUGCCCAGCUACGAGCACGCUCACCAAAACCUGGUCCAGGCGGGCUGUGAGGCGGUGCCUCACCGGGCCACCGUCUACGCCCAGCUGGUGGAGUCGGAGCUGCUGUGGAGCUGGGCCCAGCUGCAGCCAGCGGAGGUGGAGGGGGCCCGUCUGGUCCCGCCGCCCGCCGUCGGCCGCUGUGCCGGCGCUCACUCGGUUUGUGACGUCCAGCUGAGCCAGGUCCCCCCCAGCAGCUUCACCCCGCUGAGUCCGCUCUGCACCAUGUUCAGUGUGGACUUCAGCAAACCAGUUAGCAGUGCCUUCCAGUUCCACUCCACCAGGUUCGUGGCUCGCUCCGGCGGUCGGGCUCAGGUCGUUCUGUCCUGGUGGGACCUGGAGAUGGAUCCCAGCGGAACCAUUGUGUGCAGCAUGGCUCCUGGCUGGACGUAUCCACAGCCGGCGAAGGCCCCAUGGCGGGAUCACUGGAUGCAGAGUGUUUACUUCCUGCCUGCAGAGCGCCAGGUGGCUGAGCAAGAGGAGCUCAGUCUGUCGGUCUGCCAUGACGACUACAGUCUGUGGUACAGCCUCCAGCCUCACAGUCUCCAGGACGCCCAGGCUAAGACCCCGCCGUCUCGGCCGUGUUGCACCUGUCAGGCUCACCUCGUCUGGACUCGGCCUCGCUUCGGUGAACUAAACGACAGACGGCGUACGGGGAGCUACGUCGCAGCUCUUCGGAGUGUUCUGAGCGAGGACAGUGUGUGUCUCUCUGUCAGCGAUGGAAGUCUGCUUCCUGUGUUCGCUCACAUGCUGGGAGCCAAGAAGGUGUUCAGUUUGGAAAACUCCAGAAUGUCCAAACAAGUUAUUGAGGAGAUGCUGGAAGCCAACUCUCAGAAAGGCGGGGUUGAACUGCUGGAGAUCAGGCCUGAACAGCUCACCAGUCAGGACCUCAGAGGAGAGCAGAUUUCUGUCCUAAUGGGGGAGCCGUACUUCAGCACCAGCCUCCUGCCGUGGCACUCCCUGUUCUUCUGGUACUGUAGGACGGCUCUGGCGGGCCUCCUGCGGCCCACUGCCACCAUCCUGCCCUGCUCUGCCUCCCUGCAUGUUGUGGCUGUGGAGUUCCAGGAUUUGUGGAGAAUAAGAGCGCCGUGUGGAAUAUGUGAAGGUUUUGAUGUCACUCCCAUGGAUGAGAUGGUCCAGCGCUCUCUGGAUUUCCGUGAGUCCCGUGAAGCAGAGCCCCACCCGCUGUGGGAAUAUCCAUGUCGAGCUCUCACUCACCCCGCUGCUGUCAUGACCUUUGACUUCACACAGUGUGUCCCUCGAGAGCCAGUCAGCAGCCAGGGCUCGCUGCCUUUCAUAAGGACAGGUCGAUGUCACGGUGUUGCCUUGUGGAUGGAAUAUCACCUGACUGAUGAUGUCACUGUCAGUGGGGGUCUGACUCAACCGAUCAGUGAGCAGGGGGACUGCGAGUGGAGUCGACACAGGAAGCAGGGAGUUUACUUCCUGAGGUCGGCGUGGGACAGUUUAGGUGACGGCAGGACCGGCGUGUCGUACAGCUUCACGUUCGAGCCCAGUUUAGGAGACGUCAAGAUGGACUUUAGCAUCACGGGUCACUGAUGUGAAUCCAAAGCUGCCUGAAAAAGUUUUACCUCAAGUCUCUUAUUUAGAGGACAUUUAACAGUGUGUUUACUAUUGCUGUAAUGACAGAAGUUACCGUUUGCCUUUUUUAAAAAAAAAAACAUUUUUAACAUCUGGAAUUCUCAGGGCCAAACAGGCUUUGAUAUGGAGACAUAAAAACCUCCUGCACAAGUUAUCCUCCGACAGACCCACUGUUGUCUUGUUUUAUAGUGAAAAAUCAGACAUGGACUUGUUUCUGUAAACUCCUAACUUUGCACAGACGAAGAAAACAAAAGUUUGGAGCACAAAACAAAAAAAAAGAGCGGAAUAAAACAGAAGUAACAUCUUUAGGUUC